UUAGAGAAGGUUUUAAAGUCCAUUGGCAUCUUCUUAACAUCUGUAAACAGUAACCGGUACCUUAUAGAAUUUCUUGAAGUUGGAGGCGCCCUAACACUCCUGGAAACACUGGGGAUGGAGAAGAUCAAAGAGGAGGACAAGAAGGAAUCCAACUCUGGCAGGAAGUACAAGGAGCUCAUUUGUGAAAGCUAUGGUGUACGAUCCAUAGCAGAAUUUUUGGCAAAGUCUAAGUCAGAAGAGACCCAGGAGGAAGUGCAGGUUCUGCUGGAUUCUUUGCUCCACGGUAAUCCCAAGUACCAGAAUCAAGUGUACAAAGGUCUGAUAACGUUACUGCCCUCCGUGUCCCCGAAAGCUCAGCAGCUGGCCCUGCAGACGCUCCGGUGUGCCCAGUCGAUCAUCGGAGCCACACACCCCAGCAUCGUGGACUGCGUGCUGAACGUGCUGCGCACGAUGCACCUGGAAGUCCAGUAUGAAG